GCUAGUUGAGGAGACGUUCAGGAAGCCAGGAAGUGUGUAAUGCUACUGAUGUCAGCGAUAGUAGUCAUUACCUACCGACGGACAGUGUUUAGUUUGGACAUAAGGACGUGAAUAUUUCUCCUAAAAGGUUUACAUAUUUGAGUUUUAGCGAUGGAUAAGCUUCGACGUGUGUUGAGCGGCCGGGAGGAUAACGAAGAACUCGGGCUAACUGCACAGGUUCUUGAUGCCAGCUCUCUCAGCUUCAGCACCAGAGUGAAAUGGUUUGUCAUAUGCUUUGCUGGAGGCAUCCUGUGCUCCAUACUCGGCUCAGCACUGCUCUUCCUUCCUGGUGCCGGCGUCAAGCUUUUUGCUGUCUUCUACACACUUGGAAAUAUUGCAGCUUUGUCCAGCACUUGUUUCUUGAUGGGACCAUUAAAACAACUGAAGAGGAUGUUUGAACCAACAAGAAUCAUAGCAACUAUUGUGAUGCUGCUCUGCCUUGUCUUAACACUUUGUGCCGCGUUUUGGUGGCAUAAAAAUGUACUGGCAAUCAUCUUCUGUAUUCUGCAGUUUUUGGCAAUGACCUGGUAUAGCAUCUCUUACAUUCCUUUCGCCAGAGAUGCAGUGAUGAAGUGCUUCACUACCUGCCUGAAUUAAAGCUCUGGAUGCUGCAGUUUCAAUGAAAACUGGUCCCAACAUGCAAAGCAGUUUCUAAAUAUGUUUAUACACUAUUCCUUUUCACUUUUCACCUCUUUCUGCCCCGUACUGUGAAUUCUUGCCUUUCACGUUUAGCUAGAGAUGUUGCAAUUCAGCCAUUAUCUUUUUUCUUCUAUCUUGCCUAAUACCUGAUAUAUUUGAGAAAAGAGGAUUCUGCCAUCAUGAAACUGUAAAUCAUCUUUUUUUUUCUUCUAUCAUGCCUAAUACCUAAUAUAUUUAAGAAAAGAGGAUUCUGCCAUCAUGUAACUGUAAAUCAUCUUUUUUUUUCUUCUAUCAUGCCUAAUACCUAAUAUAUUUAAGAAAAGAGGAUUCUGCCAUCAUGUAACUGUAAAUCAUCUUUUUUUUCUUCUAUCAUGCCUAAUACCUAAUAUAUUUAAGAAAAGAGGAUUCUGCCAUCAUGUAACUGUAAAUCAUCUUUUUUUUUCUUCUAUCAUGCCUAAUACCUAAUAUAUUUGAGAAAAGGUGAUUCUAUGAGAUUAUUAUGCUUUCUAAAGAUUUUAUGCAAGUCAUGUGCAGGAAAAUUAUUCUUAUUAUGCACAACAAACUGCAACAGUGGUGCCUUAACACUUUGAUGAAAUUAUAUCUGUAUUUAUACCAAACACACAUUUUCGAUUAUUCUGAUUUGUAAGCUUUCUGUCUUUGUUUUUCUGGAUUUUUAAAGUGGUCUUAGGAGAAGUUAGAAGCGUUUUCUUGAAUGUUUGGUGCUGAAGGUUUUUUUUAUUUUUAUUUUUUUUUGAGUCAAUGCUUUACUGAUUAUGCACUGGGCUGUAUUGUUCCUACAUCUCUAUAAAAGAUUUCCUUUUUUUCUUCUGCUAAUGAGAUUUGUAAAUGCUGCCUUUGUGUCUUGUCUACUGGUCUUGAGUGUGUGCUUUCUAACACGCUGCGCCCCCAACCAAUAAAUGCCGUUAAAGAAACACUUCUCCACUUUCAGAUGUGAUUUCCUGCCAUAUGCAGCGAUGACCCAGUUAAUUACGCUUCCCUGAGCAUUGUGAUUUUGACAUGACCUAAUAACCCAACUCCCUGUGUUGCGAUGGCAUGUAGCCUUUGAGGAUGUGGUUGCCAUGACAACCUCCUCUGGAGGAUGCAGUGCCUCUGCCUACCCCCAUUUCUUUUUUUUUUUUUCUUUUUUUUUUUUUAGAGCAGAUGUUGACAUUAUGCCGAUGUAGGUUUUUGUUAAACGGGAAUCCUUUGGACCAACAGUUUCUGCAGCUCAACGUGACAAAGAGGCUGCCUUCUCCAGAUUUAUCCAAUUCUUCACUUCAUUCCUUUUUCUCGUUCUUCAAUCCCCACACGGAUUGCAGAACGUGUGGAUUUCGGUGGAUCCCUAAUUUGACAGGGAUCCACCAAAAUCCUUCAUUGUGAUCUCAGGGAUGAAAUGAUUAUUCUACGUUGGAUGUCUUUGCGAUUUAUUUUAUUUUAUUUUUUUCAUCUGCCUGCUAUUUUUGGAUUGUUGUAAAGCUUGAGGUUGAACAGGGGAAACGUUCUGACCUCCGCAAUCUGCUCCAGUCCCAGCUGCUUCCUCCAGUUUUUAAUCUGCGGUUAUGUCAGAGAUGAGGGAGCCCACACGCCUGUGCUUCCUCUUUAGAUUAAUGCUCCAAAUCUCCUUGCAAAGAUUAAUAAAUAACUUGGCCAGUG